AUGCGAGAGCCUCGAGCUCUCAGGGCAGCCGCUAGGAGAGGUCCAUUAGAUCGAUUGAGGGAGCAAGAAGCUGGAGGAGAAGCUUAUUUGGAUAACUUGCGGCCAAGAUUGAAUAGAGAGAUUCAUGACAUUGUUGAGAUGCAACAACAUUAUGAUUUAGAGGAGAUGUUGCAAAAUGCAUUGAAGGCUGAGGGUCAAGUGAAGAAGAAUAGUUCGGCCAAGAAGAGCUUCACAUCAUCUAGUAGGUCAUGGAAAACUCCUUACAAGAAAGAUGAAAGAAUGCCAUACAAGGAAAAAGAGAGGUUUGGACAUUAUGCUAAAGAUUGUAUCAAUAAGAAGGUGAUGUACUUUAAUCAGCAUGGUGAGCUUUUGAGUGAAGAGGAAGGUGAUUUUAAACUAGACUCUAGUGGGGAUGGAGAUGAUGAUAUGGACGAUGAUAAGGCUGCAAUUGAUGAUGAUGAUGAUGGUGAAGAGCCAGCCUAUAGAACAAAUCCUGAUGAGACUAAGGAGUUGGAGAAGCAAGUUGGAGAGUUGCUUGAAAAGGGAUAUGUGCGUGAAAGCCUUUCUCCAUGUGUUGUUUCUAUGCUACUUGUUCUAAAGAAGGAUGGAACUUGGAGAAUGUGUCUUGAUUGUCGAGCUAUCAAUAACAUAACAGUUAAGUAUCAUCAUCCUAUACCUAGACUUGAUGAUAUGUUAGAUGAAUUGCAAGGUGCUUGUGUAUUUUCUAAGAUAGAUCUUAAGAGUGUGUAUCAUCAAAUUCUCAUGAAAGAGGGUGAUGAAUGGAAGACUACCUUUAAAAUUAAACUUGGAUUGUAUGAAUGGGUUGAGAAAUUGUAUGCUAACCUCAAGAAGUGCAGCUUUUGCACAAAAAGACUUGUUUUUCUUGGUUUUGUUGUAAGUGCGCAAGGAAUUGAAGUAGAUGAAGAAAAGAUCAAAGCAAUUAAAGAUUGGCCAAUACCCUCCAAUAUUGGUCAAGUUCGAUCCUUUCAUGGCUUGGAUGGAUUUUAUAGGAGGUUUGUUAAGGACUUUAGCACCUUGCCAGCACCUAUAACAAGUGUGAUGAAGAAGAAUGCACCAUCCGAAUGUGGUCCAAAACAACAGGAGGCGUUUGAAACAUUAAAGACUAAGCUUACUAAUGUCCCUUUACUUGUUUUACCUAAUUUUAACUCCACUUUUGAAAUUGAAUGUGAUGCUUCUAGAAAGGCUGAAUUUGUUAAGGAUCUUCAUGAGAAAGUGCGUGCCAACAUUGAGAAGAAAACACAGCAUUACAUGAGGAUGCCUAACAAGGGACGCAAGGAAGUAAUCUUUGAGCCUGGAGAUUGGGUGUGGUUGCAUUUAAGGAAGGUUGCUUCUUCGAUUUCAUUUUCUUCAAAGAUUCGAACGUUUGCGGCACUUGCUUCGAUGGCAAAUCAUAGGCCUAAUGAUAGGAGAUUAUGGACUGUUGAGGAAGAACGUGCAUUACUACAAUGCAUGACAGACAUUGUUGAACAAGGGGCAAUUAAUAUCGAUAUUGAUAGGCUUGUAACAAUGAUGGGGCAUAAGAUGCCUAAUUGUGGACUUAGGAAAGUGUAUAUUCAUAGUAAGGUGAGAUGUCUUAAAAGGCAUUAUUUUGCUAUCGAUAAACUGUUGCAAGCUCCAUAUGCGUUUACUUGGGAUAAAGAAAAUCAUAAGUCUAUUGGAGAUCAAGCUGCCAUGGACAUGUGGUCUCAGGGGAAUAAUCCAUAUGGUGGGUGGGUUAGAAACAAGCCUUUUCUUUGGUUCCUGGAGUUGCAGUAUGUCUUUUCCAAGCAACUUGAAAUUUUUCCGCGUUCCCAAGUGCAAGAGGAUGAUGAUGGUGCUAAUGUUGAAGGAGAGAAUGAUGAUUAA